AUGAAUUUUUUACGCAGCAGGAAAGGAGAUGAGGGGAAAAACACAAAGGACACCCCAGAGGAGGAAAAGGAAAAAAAAAAAAAAAAAAAUUUUAUCAAGGUUGCUUUCAACUAUAUCAAAUAUUUCCUAGACAAUAAAGUGAAGAGCAAAUACAAGUAUUCCUUUUUUAUGGGGUUAUUUAUAAUUUUUUUAAUUUUUAAUGGUUUUUUUCAAAAGUUGUUAGAAUUUUACCACACGUACUUUUAUAAAUUCGAGUACAUUGACGUAUCGGAUACGAACAAAUUAAAAGAAAUUUUUUUCAGCAACAAGCCCUAUUUGGUAUAUUGUAAAAAUGAUAAGCAGGAGAUUAUUCACCCAACGAUUAAUUUAAGUAGAUCGAGUUUUCCCGAUAUACUUAAAAUUGCCAUUAUUAAUUGUAAGAGUUUAUUACCCAGCCAGCAAACAGUGUAUGAGCGUUUUUCCAUGGACCCUGAAACAAAAGCGUUCAUUGUUUGCUACGGAAGAAAACCCAAACCAAUUACACAGGGACUAAUGAAUAAUAGGAAAAAAUUUGUAUCUUUUGUUAGAGAAGCAUUAGUAUUCAGUGUGCCAUUUUUUUCAAAAUUUCCUCAAUUUCAAACCAAAUGUUUAAAUAAAAAUAAAAAAUGCAUUUUAUUCAUUUCUGGAAUUCAUAUGACAAAUGCUAGUAUAAAAUACAAUUAUAUUAAUGACAUUUUUGUUAAUAAUAAAUAUUUUGACCUAAGUCCGAUGAUAAUUGAUAAUAGGAAAUUUUUGCUCAAACUCAGUGAUGAAGUAUUUUCUUCCUACGACAAGAAACGGGAUAUUCAUGUGCUCUGUCUUUUUAAUUCCACCGAGGGACAGGAGGAUAAUUACUAUGGGUAUUUUUACAAGGACGAUUUUGAGGACUUCAACAAAUUGUCUUCCUUCGUCGCGGAGUGUGUAAAGUUCACUAGCAAGAGCACUGAGCUUGUGAAGCUUUCUGCCGUCCCGCAAAUUAAGUACAGAUCGAGCAAGAACAAGUGA